ACCUGGUAGAUCUUGGGAAUCGUUCAGCUGUAGCACCCUUUCGAUGCCAAACCGUCAUACCUCCAGAAGGAAGCACGAGCACUGGGAUACUGUCAGGUUGUCCAAGCCUAGACAGGGAGAGUCGAGAGGCAGAGGUUGAGUUCAAACCGCGGACCUUCCGUCAUUCUUUUGUAACACCUUUUCGGUGCCUAGCUGCCGAGAGGUUGUUGCCCGAAGUAAGCACGAGGGCUGGAAUACUGUCAGGUCGCCCAAGCCUAGACGGGGAGAGUCAAAAUGCAGAUCGGGUUCGAACUUCCAGUCAGCAGCUUUGUUCUCUAACCACUGAGCCAUCUCGAUCUACAGGAUAUGACAUAUGCAUCGCGUCUGAACUAAAGCAAU